AUGGUGCGGACGAACAGUGUUCCAUGGCACGUUCCACCGGCCCGACCAGCUAUCCUGACAUCGGUCGCUAACAUCUGGGCGCGUGUCCAAGACUUGACGCUUCGGAAGCUCAGCUUGAGUGAAGAGGUCGACGACAUCCACUGUGUAUUUUGUCUUGCCGAGGAUGAAGAUCUUGCAAAUGAGUGUGUGAUCUUGCGCUGUCAGCGCAAGGCGCUUUCCCACCUGGCCUGCGCGGAAGAGUGGCUGGAAAAACGAAGUACAGGUUUUGGCACGUCAUGCUGUGUGUGUCGAAACGAAGGGCCUUUAGACGCCUUGAUUCGCCCAUUACGAGUCCAAUCGUCGGAUGCCGAGACAGACUCCGCCCACUCGGCAAGCGAAUCAUCAACCAAUAGAGAACAUGUCACCGUCAGGUAUUCAGCACCAAAGGAACCUCGUCAGAUUCAGCUGCCUCAGCGGUCAGUGGGAUCUCCAGGGGUAUCAGUCGAGCAGAGCGGGGCUCAUCUACCGCCCGACCCAUCUACCUCUGCACCGCUUCGCCAAUCGGCACGACUGAAUUCCACUCGACUGUCAAUCAGACGUGACUACACAUGA